AUGAAGUUCGGCUCCAUCUUGGCCACUGGCCUGUUCACGGCCUCGGUCCUUGCGCACAACGAGAUUCUCUCCCGCUCUGAGAUCUCUCGGCGCGAUGCUAUGGCCAAGAGAUGCGCUGCGCAGACCGCACAGUUCCAGAAGAGGAGACACGCCAAGCGCAUGGCUAAGCGUGCCGUUGAGCUGGAGGAGCGAGCUGCCAACUCCAGUGUCAUCAUCAACACUGAGGGUCUCUACUAUGAGAACAUCCAAAACAACACCUGCGUCUUGACCCCUGAGGUAACCGAAGGCCCCUAUGUCUGGCCUCGUUCUCAGACUCUGCGCAUGGACAUGACCGAAGGCGAGGCCGGAAUCCCCCUGACUCUUGAUGUCGGCAUCCUCGACAUGGCCACUUGCGAGCCCUUGGAGAAUGCCCUCGUCAGCUUCUGGCACUGCAACGCCACCGGCAGCUACUCCUCCUUCACACACCUCAGCCCCAACACCAGGUUCGAGGAGUUGCUUCAGCAGAAGAACAUCACCGACUUCCAGAUCGGCGUCACGGAUCUUCACACCGACGACACCACCUUCCUUAGAGGCAUGUGGCCCACCAACUCUGAGGGCGUGAUGGAGAUGAAGACCAUCUUCCCCGGUUUCUACGUCGAGCGUGCCAUUCACAUCCACACCCAAGUCUUCACUGACUGGACCGUCCGCAGCAACGGAACCGUCAGCUCCGGCAACCUGGUCAACACUGGCCAGCUCUACUUCGAUGAGGAGGUCUCUGCCAAGCUGAUGGCUCUUGAGCCCUACGUUUCUCACACCGAGAUCAACCGCACCACCAACGACGUCGACUCCCAGGGUAUCUUUGACCAAAGUCUGGUUGGUGGUUACAACCCCGUCAUCAGCGUCGUCCCCUUGGAUGGCGAGAACAUCGAAAACGGAGUGGUCGGAUACAUCACCAUGGGUGUCGACACCACUGCUCUCGAAGACGGCACUUCUUAA